AUGCGGGAUCAUUUCCGUACCGUCAAGAAGAACAUCGACGCCAACAUUCUCCAUCACAGCGGCGACGUGGCGGCACCUAGGGGAGGCCGUGGAAAGUUCCCCUACAGCAGCCCCCUCAUUCUCCCCAAGUGUGCUACGAUGCAGAACACCUCAGAUGGAUGGAAUCCCAAGGGGCCACGGCGGGUGUUCAUGGAGGAAGACGUGGGGUACAUCAUAGGAUUCCGGUACAAGUGCGAGCGGUGUGUUGAAUACAACGGGAUCGUGGAGGAGUCGGAGCAGAGCCCUACCAGUUUCAACGCGUGGGAUGUCGGAUGCCUGGAUCGCCUUCCUGACUACGUGUCGAAGGAAUUCCCUUUCAUUCUGACUCAUCGGUCGGGUAUCGACAUUCGUCUUGUCGACCGGCUCGCAGACGACCUGGCCCAUGGGAAGGGCUUCUCCGCCGCUGCCAAGUACAUCCGCCAGACAGCACUUCAGACAGCAGUAUGCUGUAGUCGGCAAUCUUCCGUUUUGGUAUAGAGUGGGACAGGGAGGGGGUGAUGCUUUUGCUGUAGUCGAACGGUGGGACGGACGUGCAGUUCAGUUUUUGGGCACGCAUACGGUGCUGCAGGGAUUUUUAGGUGUACCUCUUCGGGCUCGUGGAUACCUUUUUCUCGUUAUAUGUGUGCGUGUUCUUUAGAUCCU